AAGCGGAGUUCGUCCUCGCAGCUCGUGUCGUCAGCCAGACAGAUCCAGCUGCCACAAGCCGACACAAGAGUUUCAUCCUCGGCCUGAAUAAAGACAUGGGAGACCCAGUGAGCCAGUACUCGGCCCGGCUGCAGCAGCAGGAGCAAGAGAUCCAGAGUUUGUCUGCAGAGAUCGAGAGUCUGAAGAACCCGCAGAACUCCGGGAACCCGACUGCCGCUCCACGUCUGAAUGAGCUGCGGGACGAGAACGUCAAACUAAAGUACCGCCUCAACAUCCUCAAGAGGAGUCUGCAGGAGGAGUCGUCUCACCUCGGCGCUUCAAUGGAGAACAUCAACCAGCGGCUGCAGGAGAUCUUCGGCGUGGCGAUCCGGACGUCCUGCCCCGAGCUGGACAACCCGCCGCUGGCCGUCACGCCCAACCAGCAGGCCAAGUUCGGAGACUACCAGUGCAACAGCGCCAUGGCCAUGUCUCAGAUGCUGAAGGCGAAGGGGGUGAAGGUGAACCCGAGAGAAAUCGCAGAGAAGAUCAUGCAGAACCUGCCAGACAACGAGCUGAUCGAGAAAACUGAAAUCGCAGGACCAGGAUUCAUCAACAUCCACCUGAAGAGGAUGUUUGUGUCCAAGCUGUUGAGUAACCUGCUGGUUAACGGAGUGCAGCCGCCGCCGCUCGCGUCCAGGAAGAAGGUGGUGGUGGACUUCUCCUCGCCCAACAUCGCCAAAGAGAUGCACGUGGGCCACCUGCGCUCCACCAUCAUCGGGGACAGCAUGUGUCGGCUCUUCGAGUUCCUGGGCUACGACGUCCUCAGGUUGAACCACGUGGGGGACUGGGGGACGCAGUUCGGCAUGCUCAUCGCUCACCUACAGGACAAGUUCCCAGACUACCUGACCAGCUCUCCUCCCAUCAGCGACCUGCAGGCCUUCUACAAGGAGUCGAAGAAGCGCUUUGACGAGGACGAGGACUUCAAGAAGCGAGCGUACCAGUGCGUCGUGAGACUGCAGAGCAAGGAAGCGGAGUUCAUCAAAGCCUGGAACCUCAUAUGUGACGUUUCUAGGAGAGAGUUUCAGAGGGUUUACAACUGUCUGGACAUCCAGAUCAUGGAGAGAGGGGAGUCGUACUACCAGGACCUGAUGACGGAGGUGGUGAAGGAGUUCGAGGACAAAGGCCUGGCGGAGCUGGACGAGGGCCGUAAGAUCGUGUUUGCUCCGGGUCAGUCUGUCCCGCUCACCAUCGUCAAGUCUGACGGCGGCUACACCUACGACACGUCGGACCUGGCGGCGCUGCACCAGCGCCUCUUCAAGGAGAAGGCCGACAUCAUCAUCUACGUCACAGACAGCGGACAGGCAAUGCACUUUCAGUUGGUGUUUGCUGCGGCUCAGAAGAUCGGCUGGUACAACCCCCAGGUGACCCGCGUGGAGCACGCGGGCUUUGGCGUGGUGCUCGGAGAGGACAAGGCGCUGACUCCGGAGGAGCUGAUCAAGGCCCAAAGAGCUGUCGCCUUCGGCUGCAUCAAGUACGCCGACCUCUCCCACAACCGCAUCAACGACUACGUCUUCUCCUUCGACAAGAUGCUGGACGACAGGGGCAACACGGCGGCGUACCUGCUCUACGCUUUCACCCGCAUCAGGUCCAUCGCCCGCCUGGCCAACAUCGACGAGACUGCGUUGAGAAAAGCCGCCGAGACCACAGAGGUCGUCCUGGACCACGACAAGGAGUGGAAGCUGGGGAAAUGCAUCCUGCGCUUCCCGGAAAUCCUGCAGAAGAUCCUGGACGACCUGCUGCUCCACACGCUGUGCGACUACCUGUACGAGCUCGCCACCACCUUCACCGAGUUCUACGACAGCUGCUACUGCGUGGAGAAGGACCGGCAGACGGGUGCCGUGGUGAAGAUCAACAUGUGGAGGAUGCUGCUCUGCGAAGCCACCGCCGCCGUCAUGGCCAAAGGCUUCGACAUCCUGGGCAUCAACCCGGUCCACAGGAUGUGAUCCAGUCCCGGACCAGCAGCAACGGAGACACAACCCCCUCCAUCGCAUCGCAGACAAAACUCAAUGGACUUGACUUUUCCAACCCUGGAGCAGAGAGAACCGUACGCUCACAUCAUUAAGAAACUUCUCAUGUGGAGGAUCUUUGUUGUUUUUUUUAAAUUAAAGAACCAUUGUGAACCCUAAA